UGUGUGUGUGCGGUUUCGAAGCUGGACGCUUUUGGUUAGUAAGCGCAUUCGCACUGGUCCGUGUCCCAUUGUGGUUUAUCUCCUGCGCCCAAUCGACGUCCCUACCGUCACUUUUGGUCACGGUUAUAUAAAGAUGAAACAGCUUUUAAAGCCGGUGAAAAUGCGUCACUUCUACAAGCACGUUCUAUCGGGCAUCGUCUUUUGGUUGCUGCUCUCGCAGACUUUGAGCUUAUUCAACAGUUCGAGCGCAGCAUCGACGUCCCGACCUGAUCUUCAAGACGUCGCUGACAGUGAAGACGAUGAUCAUGCGGAAUUGAAUAACAACGCAAUGUCGCCUAUCGAAGUUGACGAAGAAGAAGGCUCGGAAGGUCGCUAUUUUGGUGAUUUGUUGAAGAUUGUCAAAAGAGAAAUUAGAGAUGGUGAAACAGGCCGCUCUUCCUCGGGCAUCUUCAACACGACAUUGGCCUUCACCAUUCCGCUCUUCUCCUUCUCGCUUCCAGACAGAGCUACGGCCGGAAAAGACUACACCAAACAAGCCGCCUUGUCGCUGUUCGGUCUGGCCAUUGUCGGUGGUAUCGCUAUUAUGCCCUAUGUCUGGACAGCUCGUUCUGCUCUAGGAAAGAAGACAGUAGUAGAAACGGAAGCCAGGGCAAAGAAAGAUGACAUGGCUUCAUCUAUCCUUCCCAUGCUGAAUAAUGUGGCCUCUUUUGCUGGUCUGGACGCCAAAACGUGCGUGCAGAGAUCAGUUUGCGAGACUUAUCGAAAUCCGGAACGCUAUGGCUACCUGGUUUUGCCUAUCCGCUACUUUAUGUUAUCACCUCAAUCCCGGGAAAACGAUAAACCGAGUGGAUUUCAACUUGCAGCCGAUUUUGGACGGCAAGAAACAGAAGAAUGUGAACGGCGUUACCGAUGCGCUUUCAGUCUAAUCGGAGCGGCCAAUUUCCUCGUCAGCUACUUCUAUCCACCAUCAACGGCUUGAAGAAAGAGACUUGCAACAGCUUCCUCAAGCCUGCAAGUGGCCCAUGCUCCAUUGGCCUAAUGGAUUCUGUGAAAUGACUAUUUAAUAUUUAUUCAACUACUAGAAAUUGUUAUUUAUUUGCAAAACGUGCCCUGAAUUGCCCUUUUUAUGACAUGACCAAGAUUUGCCAAAAUUCCUUUCUUAACCCUUCUGCACCAUCAUCCUUUACUAAGCUUAAUCGUGACCCGAUUAUUUCCUUUUCCCAGUCGAACCAUUGUGUAAUAGUUGGCGGAACGAGAUUAUGGAUGUCUCGUAUAGGAUUUCGUGAGAGAUAAACCUCUUGUUUACUAAGUUUAUCUAGACGUCGAGCAUAAAGAUAAAUGAUUUUGAAUGAAAAAUGUAUAAAAGGGAAAAAAAAUGUGUUACAGCCCAUUUAAAAUCCAAUGGCUUCGACAACACCACUGAAAUCUGUAGCACCGUUAAAGAAAAAGUGAUUACGGAUAGGUGCGUCCUUAUGGGACACUGCUUUGAUUAUUUCUUGAGCCAAGACUCCACCCACCACUGCAGCCGCCGGACUAAGUUCGCCAAAAACCGUUCUAACGAAUUCAUAGUAAAACCAAAACAUGUUAAAAACAAUGAAAACAAACAAAACUGGAAACUAAUUUGCUUAACGGGGUAUCGAAUUUCUAAUGCAAUACUUACUCGAAUAUGCCACUGUCAACCGUUUGAUUGUCUAGUUUCAUUUCGUGCAGAAUGUGAUCCCGAAUUUCGCACAGUUUCGCAAUGUCUGACUGGCGGUUUGCAACUUCUGGGUCGCGUUUCAUUUGAGACCGGAACAUCAGCAAACCUGUGGUUAAAACAAUAGAUAACGAUGCUAAUCGAUACACAAGCAACUAUAGUUGAUCCUUAAUCUAUACUUUUCAUCGUAAUGAAAUGGCUUCUAAUGCGCUGCCAACUUCUCUUGUUGAGUUGAGACGAUGGAUCAGCUUCAAAUGCUGUUUGUAAUGGAAUAUAGUUCAAAACAUGUUU